AUGGGAUUGAAAACAACUCUUAUUUAUAUUAAAUAUUCAAAUUGUUUACCUAUCUCCAUGAGAUAUAUGCAAUAUAUUUCAUAUAGGGAUAACACAAAUUAUUGGUCAAUUAUUUUGAUUUAUUUGAGAGAAUACAGAACCGGAAACGGGAACGGCAGAUCGCAGACCCAGAAACAGAAACAAAAUAACAACAGAAACAAUAACAAUAACAGCAACAACAACAACAACAACAACAACAACAAUAAUAAUAAUAAUAUCCUCACACCGGAUGAUAUCGAUAGAGCCGUGAAUGAAAUUUUCGUCUUUUUUCCAGGAUCGACCGCGCAUAAGAACGAUGCGACGGGUAACGGAAGACCGGCGCCCCUCUUGGCGGAACCCAGAUACGGUGCCGCGCCCCAACCAUACGGAUCCACACCACAGGUGACUUUCCCACCCGGUGCCGGCCACGAUCGUUACGAGGAAAGCUUCAAUGGACCAGCAACAUAUGCGGAACCAUACGUUGAACGUUAUGGCAUUAAAAGUGAUUUCAGUGGUCGAGAGCCAUUACAUCCUACGCCACCUCGACCUGGUUAUGUACCCACUUUAGGACAAACCCCACCAUCUAGUACCCAAGGAUCCGUAAUGAUGGUGUAUGGUUUACAACCGGACAAAGUCAACACCGAUAAACUUUUCAAUUUAUUCUGCCUCUAUGGAAACGUAACGAAGGUAAAAUUUUUGAAGACGAAAGAGGGAUGCGCCAUGAUACAAAUGGGCGACAGUAUAGCCGUAGAAAGGUGUUUACAAAAUUUGAACAACGUUACGAUUGGUACGGACGGUAGGCUGCAGCUAGGAUUUUCUAAACAGGCUUUUCUAUCGGACGUAACAAACCCUUACAUAUUGCCGGACAAAACGGCUAGCUUCAAAGAUUUUACAGGGAGCAAAAACAACAGGUUUUUAAACCCAGCUAUGGCCAAUAAGAACAGAAUACAGCCGCCAUCGAAGAUAGUCCACUUUUUCAACACGCCCCCAGAUUUGACGGAGGAAACUGUCAAUCGUGUAUUCGUUGAGCGCGGUAUUGAGGCACCAACGACAGUGAAAUUAUUAGUAACUAAUGCAACAUUUAAUGCAAUAUAA